AUGUCCCACGUUGUUGUCUUGGGCGGUUCAUUUGCAGGCUGCCACGCCAUCAAAACUCUAUAUGGACUCUCCGACUCAAUUGAGGUGACCCUUGUGGCUCCUUCGACACACGCAUACUUCAACUGCGCUGCUCCCAGGGUGCUUGUGGAGCCUGAGGUGCUCGAAAAGACCUUUUUUUCGCUUGAGGAUUUCAUCCAAAAGGUGUCAAAAGGCAAGGGCAAAUACGUGCAGGCCUCUGCCACCAGUGUCGACUUUGACAAAAACGAAGUGACCAUCAAAGUUGAUGGAUCCCCUCAGGUGGUCCAGUACGACUACUUGGUGAUAGCAACGGGCUCUAAAUCCCACGAUGAAGGAUUCAAGGUCAACACUUCGCACGAGGAGGCGAAAAAAGGCAUUCUCGAAUGGGGCAAUAAACUCAAAGAGGCCAAGUCCAUUGCCAUUUUGGGCGGUGGGCCUACAGGCGUAGAGAGUGCUGGGGAGAUUGCCCACGACUUGAAGAAGAAGGUGGUGUUAUACACUGGUGAUAGUGCACCGUUGGCGCCAUGGAACUUGGGCGAAGGCGCCACCAAGAAACUCGAGAAGUUGGGCGUGGAGGUGAUCAACAAGGUCCGUUACACCAAGAUCGACAAGACGGGCUCGGGCUUCCACGUUGUGUUCGACGAUGGCCUGGAGAAGGACUUCGAUCUUGUUCUCAACACUACCCUCUACACUCCGUACCUGGACUUUUUGCCUGACUCAGUGAAGAACAAAGCAGGAUACGUGGUCACUGACGAUCAAUUGAUAGUACAGGGCCAGAAGAAUGUUUUCGCUUUGGGUGACAUUUUGGCCAUUGGCGCCAGAUCAAUUGUCGACUUGAAGAUGGGCCAACUUCCAGUUUUCGCAGCCACCGCGAAGACCCAUAUUGUGGGGCAGCAAGGUGCAGUGAAAAAGUUUGCCCCGGUCACGAGCACAAUUCUUGUGCCCAUCUCAAGAAAGGGCGGCGAAGGCCGUCUCUUUGGCUGGAGUUUGCCCAACUUCCUUGUGUGGUUUCUCAAAUCACGGAAUUUUAUGGUAGACCAAGCGUCCGACAGCUUCACUUAG